UGAGAAGUUAAGAGAGCAAGCUAGCUUGUGUUGAUUACUACUGCCUGCCUAAGAUAUCUGCAUGCCAAUAUACAGCCAUGGAGGUUAUCGAGUUGAAGGUGCAUCUGCAUUGCAAGGCCUGUGAGAAAGCAGUACGCAAAGCCUUGUGCAGGAUCAAAGGGGUAACAUGCGUGCAGAUCGAUGGUAUAUCAAACAAGAUUACAGUGAUGGGGUAUCUGGAUAAAAAGAUGGUGGUGAAAGCCAUUUGGAAGACAGGGAGAAGGGCUGAUGUGCUGCCAUCUUCUCCAUCACCUCGCUUGCAGGCACCGGCGCCUAGUCCUAGAUUGCCUACUGGCUUUCGGUGCAUCAUUCCAGCUAAAUGGUGUUUCAAGAAACCAAAUACCAUUCCCAGAAGCACUGCUGUAACAUCAUGAAUAAAUUGUACUAAGAUAUCUAUUAGAAUCUUAAAUAAAAUCAUCUAAUUAACAUCAUUAUUUUAA